AUGAUGGCCAGCAUUUACUCUUCAGCCUUCGGCGUCAUCGCAUGGCUUGGGGAUUCGACUGCUGAAAGUGAAAUUGCUUUUGAUUAUAUAGACAUGACUCGCAGUCUCCGCCAGCGAAGAGCCAAACAGUCUGUCAUUCAAAGAGGUCACAAGGUUGGCAAGCGCGCUAUUGCCGACCUGAUCAGUCGGCCGUAUUGGGGUCGCCUGUGGAUCAUACAAGAGGUGCUGCUUGCUCAGAAUCUCUGGGUCAUGGCGGGAUCUAGGUCCUCCGAUUGGGAUGAUCUGAGUCAACUUGUCCAACCAGGUCACCUAUAUACAAGGACGGGGUUUGAAGAGGAGGGCGCCGGCAAACUGAGUUUCAAGUCGAUCAAGAGACUGAAGCGAGGCAGACCGGAUGUAAGGCCGAUGAAGGAACUUGUGCGCCUGUUCCACACGGCUCUUUGUCAGGAUCCAAGAGACAAGCUCUAUGGUCUUUUGGCUUUGGCUGAUGAAUCUGCUCGAGAUGCGGUCCGGGUUGACUACGAAGAACCUAUUCUGCAGGUGUUCGCGGCUAACUACGAUUUGUGGUCAGAUGAGACAGAUUGGUCGUCACCAAAAGCAGCGAGGACUCGCUCCGGGUACCCUGCUCUGCAGACCAUUGCGGACAAUAAUUUCCUGUGGUCAGGUAGAACAAAUCCGUGCCCAAGAGAGGCAGUGAACAGUGCGUCCCGGAAAGCACACAACCCAGCCAUCUUCAUCAAUGCCGUGGACGCCAUCUACUCCGACUUGAUCAGCGAACUCGACAAGAUAUCUCAGGAUCCAGGUCUGCGUUCAAAGUUGACCACCGAGAUGAUAUUCCAAGCCGACUUUGAACCACGUCAAACUAGCCACUACCAAACCUUCGCGGCGGUGGAAGCCCCUGGAUCCACGAUCGUGUGGAUGACGCCUUCCGAGAUGAAGUAUUCUGUAUAUGUAUCCGAGGUAUCAGUACGAGGGGAUGGAAGUCCCGCCCGCCGUUUCAUCGUGUACACGACGGCCCUACCAGAAGAUGGCGACGUCUUUUUACACCUUUCUAAAAUGGUCAUCAUCCUAAGGCCGAUACAAAUGGGUCUUGACAUCGUCGGUACUGGGGUAACCGUUCACGGAGAUGGCCUUAGCCUGCCAGAUCCCGGGCAAUGGUUUCGAGGCCGAAUCCCGGGAGCAAGCUAUGCCCUCGUUCCAGAAUCCUGGUCUGGACGCUACUUGGCCAGGCAGGACUCGUGCCACGUCCGUCUAAAUGGGCCUGCAAUCGCCGAAUUGUUGCGGAGUGAAUGUGGUGCGGACAUCAGACCGGCCACUUGCAAGAAAUGGGAUGCUAAGCAAUUCAUUAAAGAACAUGGACUGGCGGCGUGGAAUUCCGAAAACUGGGACUAUGAGGAGCACGGCUUGCGAUUCUUCUGGCAGCUUCCAAACGCUUGGACGAAACCUACAGCUGGCCCUGGGUUCCAAAGCUUACCAAUAUGUGCUCCUCCACCGAGAAACCAAGACGCGAGCCGUGGGCAAUCACGAUACGCCAACAUCUUAAUAGCUUCUACUCCCGGUGUGGUGAGUCAAAAGAGGAAGAGGGAGCCCAGCCCGACUGCGAAUGAACGCCACAAAGUUAGAAAGACUUCUUCUACCGCCGGUGCACCUCGGUGGUACUCGUCCUGGUUUCCUGCAACAGUAUGGACGUGGCUCACGCGAAAGACGACCACUUAA